CCUCAGCAUUGCACGGCUGACCCCCGCCUCCUCCCUGCGGCCAGCUGCUAGGGCUUGCUCGGGACUGGCGAGGUGCGGUGCAUUGCUCCUCUGAGCCCUGCUGCUCGGGGCGCUGCAGCCCGCAGCCGCCUUGCCUCCCCCGUCCAGCCCCUCCCCCGUGGAGCAGGCAGUCUGUCCUCGCCCACCGCCCGGCGCAGCAGCGGAGCCGGGCUGGGCUGCGGUGCGGCCACCUCGCGCGCUCCCGCAGCGGGCCCUCUGGCCUUCCUUCCCUUAGGGCAGCCCGCGCCUCGGAGGAAGGGAGCUGUCCUUAGCUGAGACCAGAGGGGGCCCGGCGGUGAGAUGAGCUUCUUCGGCUUCGGGCAGAGCGUGGAGGUGGAAAUCCUGCUGAACGAUGCGGAGAGUAGGAAGCGAGCGGAGCACAAGACUGAGGACGGGAAGAAGGAAAAAUAUUUCCUCUUCUACGACGGGGAAACCGUCUCCGGGAAGGUGAGCCUUUCCCUCAAGAAUCCAAACAAGCGGCUAGAGCACCAGGGCAUCAAGAUCGAGUUCAUCGGGCAGAUUGAACUCUACUAUGAUCGUGGGAACCACCAUGAGUUUGUAUCCCUGGUGAAGGACUUGGCCCGGCCUGGUGAGAUCACACAGUCACAGGCCUUCGACUUUGAGUUCACCCAUGUGGAGAAGCCUUAUGAGUCCUACACUGGGCAGAAUGUGAAGCUCCGGUAUUUCCUUCGAGCCACCAUCAGCCGCCGCCUCAAUGAUGUUGUCAAAGAAAUGGACAUUGUCGUUCACACACUCAGCACAUACCCGGAGCUGAACUCUUCCAUCAAGAUGGAAGUGGGGAUUGAGGAUUGCCUGCACAUUGAGUUCGAGUAUAAUAAAUCCAAAUACCACUUGAAAGAUGUCAUUGUAGGGAAGAUAUACUUCUUGCUGGUGAGAAUCAAAAUCAAGCACAUGGAGAUAGACAUCAUCAAACGGGAAACAACAGGCACAGGCCCCAAUGUGUACCAUGAGAAUGAUACAAUAGCCAAGUAUGAGAUCAUGGAUGGGGCACCAGUACGAGGAGAGUCCAUCCCCAUCCGGCUCUUCCUGGCAGGGUAUGAGCUCACGCCCACCAUGCGGGACAUCAACAAGAAGUUCUCCGUGCGCUAUUACCUCAACCUGGUGCUGAUAGAUGAGGAGGAACGGCGAUACUUCAAGCAGCAGGAAGUGGUGCUGUGGCGGAAGGGGGACAUCGUGCGGAAGAGUGCAUCCCACCAAGCAGCCGUCGCCUCACAGCGUUUCGAGGGCACCGCCUCCCUGGGAGAGGUGCGGACCCCCAACCCACUGUCAGACAACAACGGCAGGCAGUAGGCCCCGGCCAAGAAGCUGGCUGGGCUGUGACCCAGCAUCUCCAUCUACCAAACACCAGCGGCCGGGGGAGGGGGAGGAUGGUGUUGGCUCAGCUGACCGUUACUUGCAAUCUUGAAAACAAAUCAUGUUUUUUGACUUCAAUUCUUUUCUCUGAAGAACAUAAAGGGGCACUGGAUUGGGAAGCAGUCUCCCUAAGAUUCUGCAGCUCAUGUGGGGAGGGGGGGACUAGAGAGAGGGAGCAUCUAGGAAGCUAGUCUCUCCUGGAAAAGAAGAGCCAGCUUUCCCCUGGGCUGCCUGGUGUCUCAGAGGAGAGGUGCAAGCAUGCAUCCUUGGCUCCUGGUUCUCUGGGCUUCCUGACACAGGAUUUGUGUGUGUCCCUGGGGUGCAGAGCUGCCUGCAGACCCCUGGGUAGUCAUGUCUUACACUCCCCUUGACCAUCCUUGAGGUAGCAGCAGGAGGAGGAGUUGGGCCUGUCCCAUCCUAAGUAGAGAAAGACACUCAAGAUCAGGAAGCUAUCUCUCUGAGAGUCUCAGAUGAGGUGCUUUGAAGAUUCCACAAGCCACCUCUUUGGCCUAUUACUUCUGGGAACCAGGGACCUCUCUUCUCCAUCUCUUUGGGCUUGUUAGGAGCAUCCUGGAGCAGAAACAAGUGAAAGGGCCUGGAACUGACCAUCUCCUCACCCAUAAGAAAUGUCUGGGCACAGGGGAGCCUGGGGCCAGUGACACAAUAGCCGGGAGAAUGAGGAAAGAAGGACAAGGCCUGGCAACGUGUCUUUCCUGAUCACGUGACUCCAUCUGGAAAUCCUAAGGCCUGGGCUGUGCUAGGGUACUGCUGUGUUCCCCAAACCCUAAGCAUGAUGGUUGUCCCCUUUAAGCAGAUAUCCUGGGAGGGCCUAGGAUCAUUUUGCUUCCCUGAGUGGACUCUUUAUCACUCCCAAUCCCCCACUUAAUGUCUGGGAAUUAGGGCUUAGUUUCAAAUACGUGGAAAUGCUGUUCAUUAUUCUCACAUGGCUAGCACCUUCUUCCCUCUACUUGCAAGUUAAGGGAGGGAGAUUAGGGCCACCCACAGAGGACUCUGCAAUCCCCUCAGAAUAAUUCUGCUUGCCAAAUUACAUCUUCAUCUUCACCAAUUCACUGACCCAAGCUUAGGACCGUUGGUAUUUUUGUUGUUGAGUAACACAAUUAGGAAAGUUCUCCUAGAUACUGUUACCUUAGGGGAGAGGCAGUUCUCUCUGUUGCUCUGUGCUUGGGCCUACAGUAGCAGAGGUGUAGUAGUAAAGGUAUUUACUGCCUGCCCUGCCUCAUCUGGGAAUGGCAAGAAUGACUCUCCUAUUGGCCUCUCUUCCCUUUAUCUAAAACCAAGCAGACUCCACUGGCCAAUGAGUACAAUAGGUGAUGAUCUGUGUUAUUGCCAAUUUGCAAAGCAGAGCUUUGGUUGUUGUGUUGUCUCUCAGUGUGGAAAAUGGGUGUCCUUUUCCCUCAGAAAACAGUGCGAGCUUGGGCCUUGGCUAGACAGGAAUCAUGGAACAAGGUUGAGGCUUAGGGAGACACCAGUUACACAUAACAUAACUGGGUGCAGCAGAGCCAAGGAAGGCAAAGGCUUCCCCCGUGCUAGACCCCAAGUUCAGGUGCGACAUACAAUCCCUGUGGAGCAAGAUCAUCCAUCCAGCUGCCUUGGAUUAUGGAGGCUGGGGCUUAAGUGUAUGAGGGAGCCAGGUCCAGUGGUGUUGCCCUUUUCAGAGCAUGAGGUUAGGCUCCGGUGUGCCUCCUUUUAAUAGCUAGUAGUCUAAUUGAAAAGCAUUUGUCAGUUCCUCUGCUUCCCAACUGACAACACAAAUUCAUUCACCAUUUUUCCUAACAUCCUAAACCUUCCUUCUGGGAGAACUAGAAGAGACAGAAUUUGCUUUGUUUCUCUUGAGCUGUGUACAGCUAGAUCUAGUUGUCUGACUCUGCCUCUGUUCUCAUCUAUUCUCUACCAACUGUGAAAGUGAGGGGAGACUCCUGUCCCCCUCCUUUAAGGUCCUCAGACCUGGGAGUGCACAGGUACUAAACCAAGCAGUGCAACUUGUAAUUACGCAGCUGCAGUGUUUACAUGUUUCUUAAUGUGUUGUCUUUUCAAUGGCUGUAUUUUAAAAAGAAUACUUGUUUUAAUGGUCUCUCUAAUUAAAGGAAGCCCCUGUGGCUUUAGAGGCAUUGUGCUCCUGGUCCACCA